AAUUGUCCAGCUAACACUAUUGCAUGGAGUUGAAGAUUGUGCCCACACACAAGAUGUGGCCUUGGUGUGCAGUUCUACAGAGCUCACAGUAACACCACAAACAGCCUCUCCUACCACUACUAUACCUACUACCUCUGUAACAACAACAACUGCAACAGAUACAACUGGCAUCAUCAUUGGAUCUGCUGUUGCGGGGACAGUAAUUGUGUUUGUCGCAUUGACUUGCUUUAUAGUUUGUUGUGUUGGGCUCCUCAAACGAAGACAGUUGAAAGCAAAACAACUUACAAUGAUGUAUGAUCUUGACGCAUUACCUAAUAAUGCUAUCAAUCCCUCGCUGUCGACUCCUUUCAAUGACACACGACAAUCGAUCCUGAGUUCCACCACCAACAAGAUGAACAGGACAGAGUUGCCGCCAAAGUUGGUACCACGAUUUCCAACAGCCAAUGCUUGCUCAAAGAUACUUGGUAAUACGAAGGAGCUGCCUGAGCUACCACUAUCUCUAAAGAUAUCAGGAUCUCAGUUGAAACUGAGCAGUGGCCUCAUUGGACAAGGGGAAACCGGUAUGGUCUACAAAGGUUUACUGAUAAACUGGAAAGAUAAGCCGUUACAAGGAGUGGCGGUCAAAACAUUGAAAGGUUUGUUUUCUUCUACGGAUAUUCAAUUUCUGAUCACUGAGAUUAUCAAGAUGAAAGAUUUCAAUCACCCUCACGUCAUGCCCCUGAUUGGAGUCUGUCUAGAUGUCGGACCCGGCAUUUCCAUGGUGAUGCCGUAUAUGGCAAAUGGGAGUGUACUGGAGUAUUUGAAGAAGGAGAGAAGUGGUCUAAAAUUGACUGAAAACUGCAGCAAAGAAGAGGCCCAUGCUGUCAGGAAGCUUCUAUUGCGAAUAUGUCAUCAGAUUUCCUUAGGAAUGGAAUAUCUCUUUCAGCAAAGAUUUAUUCAUCGAGACUUGGCAGCACGAAACUGCAUGUUGGACUCUAGUGGUGAUAUCAGAGUUGGUGACUUUGGACUGGCCGAGAAUGUGUACAGUACUGGAUAUUAUAGACAGAAUGAACGAGCUAAUAUCAAGCUGCCCUACAAGUGGAUGGCAUUGGAGAGUCUAAACGAUGCCAUCUUUACAGAGAAAACAGAUGUGUGGUCGUAUGGAGUGACUAUGUGGGAGGUCUUCAGUGGCGGUCAGAUUCCCUAUCCUGGAGUAGACGUUGUGACUCUUGUCAAGUUCCUACAGAGAGGAAGCCGAUUGGACUCUCCCGUUAAUGCUGCCUGUACUACUGACAUCUCAACAGUGAUGCAGAGAUGUUGGCUCGAAGAUUCUGAAGAGAGGCCAUCCUUUGCUGACCUGUCUUCAAUAAUGGACGCCAUGCUCUCCUCUGUGUCUGGCUAUGCUGAACUGAACAUGAAGCUCCCUCAUAAUAGCGAUACUGUUGGCACAAUUAAUACAAGCAUGACAACGAUUUAAGCGAGUCACUAAUGAACAGAGCAACUAAUGUGAGGAGAAUUGAACUAACUAACAAUUAUCUCAAUGAUAGAUUGAUUAAAUUUUGUUAUAGAUUAAUGACUAUUAUAGAUUAAUGACUGCAAUGCAGCAUGCAACAACUUUUACUGUGACAUUAAUUUUUAUUGUUUUGCUCACAAGUUUAUAGCUAGUACAAAAAAACUGCUGUACAUAACAUAGAAACACAUGAUAUAUUAUUAUAAGAAGUCAGAUAUACA